CCCAUCAACCAGCUGAGUUUAGGGAAGUGGGAGCAGUUAGCCGAUGGGUGCCUCGUUUUAGUAUUCAAGGUACAUCCUGAAUGGAUUCAGCUCCCGGGCGGUCAAUUAGGUUGACGUUACAUUGUAGGAAACGAGCACGCCGCCCACGGGGGCACGCAGGUGUAUUACAACGAACACACCACCGCUGAGACUCGCUCACCGUUACGACGUGCCAGAUAUGGUUGUUGUUGUAGUUACUCGCCCUAGCUUAGCAUAUAAAGUUAGUAACAUAGCAUGAUAUAACGUCGUUUAUACACCAAUGAAACCGUUAGAUUCAGACGAGGAGGAAGCGGAGCAGCUGAGUGCUUACCAAAAGGAGCUAAGACAGCAGGCCAACCAGAGCAUACAGCAGCUGAGCAGCACUCUUGAGCAGCUGAGCCAUGAUGGCGAAGAGGUGGAGGCGCUCAGAGGCGGUGAUGGCAGCCACAGUACCGCCAUGGCCGAAGAGGACAAGGCUGCAUGGAGCCAAAAGACACAGAGUGAAGCAGUUAAUCAGCUGAAGAGCCUUCUGCUGAAGCAGUGCAAAGAAGUUCCCUCUGCUCUCUCUCCUUCAAAGAAACAGUCUCCUCCAAAGAGAGUACAGCGGGAGGGAAGGUCCAGUUUGCCUGCUUUUCAGGAUUUGGUCCCGAUGAUUCACAACCAGUCAGAGUACAUCCAACAUCUGGAAGCUGAGGUCAAAUUCUGCAAGGAAGAGCUGCAGGGGAUGAAACAGCGGAUCAGAGUGGUGGUGGUGGAGAAUGAGAAGUUGCAUUCAGACCUCAAAUCCAAAGCUGUGGAUGAAUCUCUCAAAGACUAUGCGUUACAAAACUCCACGGUGAAUGAGAGCACAACAGCCAAAAGCCACAUAGGCUCCAAUACAAGCUAUAAUGUGCUACAGAAAGGAGAACACACCGCAUGGAAAAAUGAGCUGGAACAACUGAAAGUGAUCUACCAGGCCCAGAUUGAAAGCUUGGAGGCUCAGGUCAUGUCCCUGAGGAAAGAUCUGUCGGUCAGUCAGAAGGAGUGUGAGGAGGUGAAGGUUCUUCUGAGACAAAGGGAGAAACAGGUUGCAGAUGUGCUGAGGGCUGAGGGAGCCCCCCGUGUGUCAGGAUUGUGUCUGAAGUGUGCACAACACGAGGCUGUAUUGGCUGGGACUCACACAAAUCUGCAUGUCCAGGCUAUUGACAGACUCACAAAGGAGCGUGAUGAGUUAGUGGUGGCUCUGCGUGCUGUGCGAGCUAGUCAGCAGGAGGCGCAACAGAGGGAGUGGUCAGCCUGUCUCCAGGUCAAACAGGCCGUGGAGAUGGCAGAAGAAGCAAAUCUGUACAAAGCUAGGAUGGAGGUACAAUGUGAGCAGUUGUCCAGGGAGCUGGCACGACACAGGGAACAGCUGGAACGAGAAGCACAGGUCGUGCAGGAGAAACUGGCUGAGGCUAGAGAGGAGGGCCGAGCUGAGGCCCGCAAACAUAAAGAGGAGCUGGCAACUAAAGUGUCCAGCCUCUCCCAGCGUGUUGCUGAGUUAGAAGGGCAACUCGACAGAGCUCACAGAGACAAGUGCUCACUGACCAAUCAGCUGGAUGAUACUCUCCACAAACUUACGAGCCGGGAACAAGACAAUACCAAGGUGUGUGUGGAUCUGCGAUAUCAGCUCAGCCAGGCCCAGCUGAAGAGAGAGGAGGCAGAGAGAGAGCUUCGCGAGCUCAACACCAAGACCAGCAGACAGAUGGAAAAGGCUGCACAGGAAGUGGAAAGGCUGAGCUCAGAGCUGGUUGGCUGUCGGCAUCAUCUGGAGGCGGUCCAAAAGGAUGGGAGCCAAUGGCAGGCCGAAGCCCUGAGCCUAGCAGAACAGCUGGCAAAUGCCCAGCGCCAACUGCACCUCACCAGCUCCUGCCCAGCUCAGCCCAGUCCAGUCCAGUUCAGACCAGCACACCAACUGUACCGCACCAGACAGGACAGAGAGAGUGCAGAACGGGCUCAUCAGGAGGAGAAGGCAUCCGUGACCCUCUCAGCACAGGAAAGGGAGAGAGAGCUGUCUGGGCUGCUGGAGCAAACGGAGGCUCAGCACCAGCGAAGAGCUGCAGAGAUGGACGGUCUGCUGAGUUCCCAGAAUUCCCUGAUCAGGAAGCUGAAGGACGAGUGCUGCGUGCUAGGAGUGAAACUUGAAGAGCUGACAGAAAACAGCAGAAGUGAGAUGGAGCAGCUGGCCCUGGUGAAGCAACACCUCGAGGAGACAGUAAAGAGUCUGAGAGCUCGCUGCUGCGAUAUGGAGGAACAGUGUGUCCAGCAUGGCCGCAUGCACCAGCGCAUGAAGGACAGACUGCAGCAGUUGGACCGUCACUGUCAGAGCAGCGCCCAGCAGGUGUGUGAGCUGCUGGCCAAACAGAACCAGCUGAUGCAGGAGAGAAACACACUCACUGAGGAGAUGCAGAACCUACACAUAGAGAAAAUGACAUGCAGGCAGACAGAUGUGUUCAAAUCUUUUGUAUUAAGGUGCAUACGAAUGUUUUGCGAUGAGAACUUUUUAUAUUUCACAUUUGGUAUUAGACUGUUACUGCGUUUAGAGAUACGACGAUGUUUUUUUUUUAAACAUUUAAGCAAGCUGAAAGAAAAAAUGGCAUUUUUAGUCACAAAAGCAAACAAGUCGCCACCACCGCAGCAGAUUGACAUAGUGCUUUAUUGAAGCUGUCUGUAAGAAGGAAAAUAAUGUGCAUCCCUAUCAUAUACAUUUUAUGUGUAAAAAUACUAAGGAUGUACAGUGUAAAAAACAGCUUCAUGUUGAUGGUAAUUUGUUGUUUUCACAUCCUCGUGGCCUCACUGGCCAGCAGCACUGCAUCCUGACAGCAUGAGGGACAGGAAAAAGGCUGUUUGAUCGAUCUGCUGAGUUUCCUGACACUGUCUCAAGAGUCAACAUCGACUGAGCUGACUUCAGUGCUACAGUGCUUCAGGGAAACACGGCCCAACCCGCGAACAGCUGGCGGCCGUCCAGAGAUGUCUCACACAGCUGUAAAGCUACAGUAUAUGGACAUGGACGUGAAAUUAAAACUCAGUUAAGACUCUGUAAUAUUUGUACAUGUUUGCUGUUGUUUUUUUGUUUGUUUGCUGUUUAUAAAUAAAUGCAUCUCAUGCUUG